AUGGCAAAGAGUAUCAUGAGUGCUGUGUUGGAGACGAACAACCGAUUCUCUAGCGUCUUACCAGUCGCCCAAGAUCCUGAGCCUCAUCCACUGAACCAAUAUCUUCGAGUGCGCCUGGCGGAUGAAAAAUUCACAUUCGGACGUUGGGCUAGAUUGUUUAACGCGCACAAAAUUAACCGCAACUCCCUCGACUACCGGCUGCGAGACGCGUCGAAGAUCAAAGAUCAGACUCUGACGUUUGUGAACGACUACCUUCAGACCCUUAGCAAUACCUCCAAAUCUGUUAAAGAUCUGCAGACGGCACUGAGUUCGCCUGAUGGCCACAUGUUGAAUAGCUUGACUCAAGGGAAUAUCAAGGUCUAUUUAGAAGCGAACCCUGACGACGUCCCUCCCCUCCUCGCAGACUUAGCCAGAAUCGUGAGCGAGGUUAGCAAAAGACGCUCUGCUCUGUGGAGUCUAGAAAAAUCUAUUCAAACCCCAGAUCCAUGGUACGCAUCCCUCAGCUCAGAGCUAAUAGAUACCUCUGCAUAUGAGGCAUUCGAUAUCCAGCACGUAAGCACCAAGUUCAAGGGAAUUGAAGACUACCUUGCCCAACGGCUAGGAAAAGCACUUUCAAGGAGGCGUCAGUAUUUCAAGUACAGGAAGGUUCUUCACGAAAGGCUUUCGCAACCUGUAGACGACCAGGCGUACAACAUAACAAACAUUCAGCAGGAUACGAUGGCAUCUUCCAUCUCUGAUCGCUCUCAAAAAGUCUCAGAGAGCACCAUCUGCUAUGAUUUAUCAGUUUUCUCCUCAGACGAAUUCGUCCCGUGGGAAACAAGGGCAAACGACCCCACAUCAAGGCCGAUCCCAGACCUGCCGGAGGAAGCACAAGACGGGCCGUUCGAAUGCCAAUUUUGCUACAUGCGUGUUAGGACACGAGACUAUCACACAUGGAGACAACAUGUGUACGACGACCUGCGCCCAUAUAGCUGCUUGGCAAAAGACUGCGAGAUGCCAGAUAUUGAUUUCUUCAGAAGCCGCGACUGGAUGAAGCACAUGGUCGACCAUCACUUCAGCACAUUUUACUGCAAUUCCGGAUGCGGUUGCACAUUCUCGUCAGAACCCGAGUGCAGAACGCAUUUGAAAACACGGCAUUCAGAUGAACUAUCUAGAAUGCAUAAGGACCAUACCAACGUCACAAUGUGGUCUGAUCCCGUGGAUAAUGACGUCCAACUUUCGUGCCCUUUUUGCCUCGAAAAGAUGCCCUUGGAGAAUUACGAAGUCCAUGUAGGGAAGCACCAACAGGAGCUAGCAUUGUUCGCCCUUCCUAACAAUGACGAUUACACUUCAACCUGGACUGAGCACCAGAAGAAGCCCGAUCGAUGA